AUGCAAGGAGCUUGGGCUGCCAUUUCUGGCUUGCAAAACAUGCUGCGCAACACAAUCGAGGCGAAUGUAAUACACCGCAACAUCGUCAUUUCGGCAUGCGCCUCUGUCGCGGCCUGGUCGUCAGCGUGGGCUGUGCUCAAGAACUUUCGUGCUGCAUCGGUCGAAGCCACAGCCAUCAGCUAUGGUGCUGCUGUUGCAAGCGUGAAGCACGGCUGGCACCGUGCUUUGGCUUUGAGCGAUGCAUUGCUACUCUAUGGCCUUCGCUCCAACUCCAUCAUCAUGACAUCGGUUGCAGCCGCGAUGCAGCAAGGUCUUCAGUGGCAGCGGUCUCUUGUGCUGGCUGCUGGGAGCCGCGCUUUACCCCCCAGUGUGAUUUGUCAGAAUGCUCUGGCAUCCGCGUAUGGAAAAUGCGCGCUCUGGCCAGCGGCCCUUCACAUUCUGAUGGCCCAGAAAUCUGUGGCCAUGCAGCCAGACGCAAGUACAGUGGGAACCGCCACGGAUGCUUUCGCUUGCUCCAGAUUGUGGAAGAGUGCGUUGCACAUUCUGCAUGGGAUGAUGGACUGGCAGAUCCGCUGCCACCAGAUUGCCUAUCACUCGGCAGCCAGCGCAUGCGCUGCCGAUCGAUGUUGGAGAGAGGUCUACGGGCUACUCGAACGCAUGGCUUUUCGCCUCACCGAGUUGACUGCCAGGAGCUUUAACGUGGCGAUUUCCACGCUGCCAGAAACGGCGAAGUGGAGUGAUGCCUUUGCUUUGCUGGAGGCAUUGUCCAGCAAGGCCUUGGAGCCGAGCACGGUGUCUUUCAAUUCCAAAGUUGAUGCUUGUGGCCACUGGGCGUCGUCAGUCGCUAUUCUGGAGACUAUGCGGGCCGAGGAUACAGCUCCUGACCGGCUCAGUUGCAAUUCUGCUCUCAGCACCUGCUCGAGCGACGAAGCGUGGCAAAUGGCCCUGUCUAUAGCAGGCCAAAGUCAUCAACACGAGUCGCUGGAUGUCAUUGGCAUGGACUCGGCAGCUUGUGCCUGUCAGCGGCACUGGGAGGAGGUGUUAAAUCUCAUCGCCGGGCUCUUGCCAAAAACUGUUCGCCCUAGCCACCUGGCACGUUCUCAGUGGAACAGCUGCAUGCUCAAUCUCCUUGAAUACAGUAUCUUGGAAGAUUCUGCGCUGAGGACCCGCAAGGAUAUCAUCUCCUACAACUCAUCCAUCAGCGCAUGUGAGCAGAGUUGGACACAGGGCCUGGAAUGCUUUUCGGCAGUGUUGCGGAAUCAGCUACUUCCCGACCUUGUGACAUACAACGCCGCUUGCCACUCCAGCUCCCCUGCAUCGUGGCUAUCAAGUCUGAUGAUUUUCAGUCAUCUCAACCACAGCAAGCUGGCAGCUGACAAGGUCAGCUGCGGUACAGUGCUGGAUGCUUGCAGUCUGGGGUUCAGCUGGGGUGGCGCCUUGCAGACCCUUCAGCAAAUGCACGGCCAGACACUGCGUGCCAACGCUUGGACCAUCAGCUCAGCAGUUCGCAGCUGCGAGAUGAGUCUGCAUCCUUCAACUGCUCUGGGCUUUGUAUUGAGAUCCUGA